AUGUCAUACAUGUGUGAGAUAUGCAGUGCUGCUUUCUCUCUGAAAGGUGAUUUACAGCAACAUAUACGAAUACACACAGGAGAGAAGCCAUACAAGUGCGAGAUAUGUAAUGCUGCUUUCUCUCAGAAAGUUGUAUUACAGCAACAUCUACGAAUACACACAGGGGAGAAGCCAUACAAGUGCGAGAUAUGUGAUGCUACUUUCCCUCAUAAAGGUACUUUACAGGAACAUCUACGAAUACACACAGGAGAGAAGCCAUACAAGUGCGAGAUAUGUGAUGCUGCUUUCUCUCAGAAAGGUGCAUUACAGCAACAUCUACGAAUACACACAGGAGAGAAGCCAUACAAGUGCGAGAUAUGCAGUGCUGCUUUCUCUCGGAAAGGUGCAUUACAGCAACAUCUACGAAUACACACAGGAGAGAAGCCAUACAAGUGCGAGAUAUGUGAUGCUACUUUCUCUCAUAAAGGUACUUUACAGGAACAUCUACGAAUACACACAGGAGAGAAGCCAUACAAGUGCGAGAUAUGUGAUGCUGCUUUCUCUCAGAAAGGUGCAUUACAGCAACAUCUACGAAUACACACAGGAGAGAAGCCAUACAAGUGCGAGAUAUGUGAUGCUACUUUCUCUCAUAAUGGUAAUUUACAGGAACAUCUACGAAUACACACAGGAGAGAAGCCAUACAAGUGCGAGAUAUGUGAUGCUGCUUUCUCUCGGAAAGGCGUAUUACAGCAACAUAUACGAAUUCAUACAGGAGAGAAGCCAUACAAGUGCGAGAUAUGUGAUGCUGCAUUCUCUCAGAAAUGUUUAUUACAGCGACAUAUAAUAAUACACACAGGAGUGAAGCCAUACAACUGUGGGAUAUGUGAUGCUGCUUUCGCUCUGAAUAGUGAUUUAAAGACACAUAUGAGAAUCCACACAGGAGAAAAGCCAUACAAGUGUGAGAUAUGUGAUACUGCCUUUUCAUGGAAAUGUACUUUAAAGAGACAUAGAAUAAUACACACAGGAGUGAAGACUUACACGUGUGAUAUAUGUGAUGCUGAUUUCUCUCUAAAAAGUUCUUUACAGCAACAUAAACAAAUACACACAGGAGUGAAGCCAUACAAGUGUGGGGUAUGUAAUGCUGCUUUCUCUAGGAAAGGUGGUUUACAGAUUCAUAAACGAAUACACACAGGAGAAAAGCUAUACAAGUGUGAUAUAUGUGGUGCUGCUUUCGGAAGGAAAGGUCAUUUGCAGAGACAUGCAAGAAUACACACAGGAGAGAAGCCAUACAAGUGUGGAAUAUGUGAUGCUGCUUUCUCUCAGAAAGAUGCUUUAAAGAAUCAUUCAAGAAAACACACAGGAGAAACGCCAUACGAGUGUGAUAUAUGUAAUGCUGCUUUCUCUCGGCAAGGUGUAUUACAGCAACAUAUACGAAUGCACACGGCAGACCCUUAA